AUGGAGUUUCUACGCGCGAACGAAUCCGUGGAUGACUUUUAUAUGCGAUGUACGAACUUCAGCCUGUUCGACUGUAGUGAGGAAGAAAUGCUAUGGUGCGUGAUGGGGCCGAGGCGACUUCCUUUGUCGAGAAUAGUACCGAUCACAGUAUUUUUGUUGGUGAUAUUUGUGUCUGGCGUCAUAGGAAACGUGGCAGUGUGCGUGGUGAUAGUGCGACACCCAGCGAUGCAUACAGACACCAAUUAUUACCUGUUUAGCUUGGCAUUGAGCGAUCUUCUAUUAUUGCUAUUUGGUCUGCCAAAUGAUCUCUCCGUGUACUGGCAUCAGUAUCCCUACAGUUUGGGCGUCGUGUUUUGCAAACUUCGUGCUCUAAUAUCUGAAGCGUGA